AAUCAGGAGAUCAUUAGUUAUUGUUCAAAACAAUAUACAUCUUUUAAUAACUGAUAAUAAUAUAAACAUAAGUUUUUAUAUAAAGAAACGUUUUUAUAUACAUUGUGUUGUGUUUGAAAAAUAUAUAUUUUAAAUUUUUAUAAGGAAAAUUCUGGAUAUAAAGAAGCCGUAACACUUUUUAUUUUUAUAGAUUCUUAUUUAUACAAUAAAACAUGAAUUUGCGAGAACCAAGAAAGAAAAAAAGAACAAAAUUGAAACCACAGUUUCCGUUUCCUAUUCCAUUGGAUGAAACACAAGAGUGGCCAGUGUAUACAGCACAUCUCACAGAUAUGGGGUCAUGCAUACUUGAACCUGAAGAAAUCAAUGCAGUGCAUUCUAUGGGAUUUUUUGGUAAAGGAUCAUUGUCACGCAGUUAUCCAUCUUUUGGUAAAGCGAGAUAUGGAACACCGCCAGUUGUUCGGAAUAGACAGUGGCUUCGUAGGCAAAAAUGGCUGAAAGAAGUCAAGGAGUUGAAUUCUGCCUCUUCCAAUUACGAAGUGAAAAUCUGUGAUAAAGAAGACAGUAAAACAAGUGCUGAAUGCGAAGAGGAAAACAUUUCAAAUAGCAAGGAAGAGAACGGAGAUGUCAUCGAGAUUCCACUGAAUUGCAAUGAAAAUAAAAAUAAACAAAGAAACGAAAAUGAAAUUAUAAAUGACAUAGAAAUUGACGAAGUUAUUCUAGACUCUGCAGAGGAAGAUGACGUGUGUGUUAUUGUUAAUAAUCAGAAGUUUGACAAUACCAAAAAUUCAUCAAAAAUUAAUGAUAAGAACUAUUCAGAAGAGAAGAAAGAGGAGGAAGAACUUUGCGAAUUAAACUAUUACGAUUUCAAAAGCGAUUGCGCGAAUGAGGAUAAUCAGCAUGAAAAGCUGUUGGUUUUGCCAGACAGUGACUCGGAUACUGAGGACUAUUUGAAAGAUAUUAAACCGAGAAUCGAGAGCGAAGGUUUCCCCAUUCGAGAGGCUCUACAUCUCACAUUCGAGGAGACCUUUUUCCUUCUCUUUGGUUUAGGUUGCCUUCAGGUUGUUCAUUUUGAUGGCAAUCUAUUGGACAUUAAUAACGCAUGGUUAUACUUUUGCAAGGAGAAACCAGAUUUUUUACAGAAAUAUGUGGUUUAUCAUUAUUAUAGGAGCAAAGGAUGGGUGGUCAAGCCUGCCCUGAAAUAUGGCGGUGACUUUUUGCUCUAUAAAGAAGGACCUCCUUUCUUUCACGCAUCUUAUAUUGUCAUAGUCGAAGUAGCAAAUGCGGACUCCUUAGUUAUAGAUUCUACUUUAUCUACAAAAUCCACAUGGAACAGUUUGUUUGGAUUGCAAAGGCUUUCCGAAACCGCUGCUAAGGAAAUACUAUUUGCUCAAGUUUUAUGGCCAUUAUCGGUACCGCAGGAUCUCAGUGCAACUAGCCCCGAAAUACUCUCCGAAUUUACAGUGAGAGAAUUACUUUGGCGUCGAUGGAAUCCGAAGCAGCACCGUGAAGACGUCCCCACCGAAGAUGAGGAUUCAUGUUGAAGGUUUUUUUUUAAAUAUUUAUAUUUUAGAAAUUUUUUUCUUACAACAAAUUCGCUCUACUUAUAUAUAUUUUAUUUCAUAUAUCAACUUUUUUAUCGCAUUAAUAUUAACGCGAUAAUAUUGUGCUUGUAUAUAUGUAUAAUUUUUUUAUGAAAAUCUUGUAUAUAUAUUACAUUAAAAAGCAGAUUGCAUGUAUCCCAUUGCAAUCGUAUCUCAUCAUAUGAUAAAAAGUUUCUUCUUAAAAUAAA